AUGGCUACUGUCUACAAGUUAUCUGCCUUUGUCUUUCUGUUUGUCUUUUUAGCCUAUUCACUAGCUCUCAGCUCAAGUACUGAGCCAACAAUCUCAGCCUCUUCAAAUGAUUUACCUUACGUCACUGCACCAGAUAUUGCCUCCUUUUUUCCCACUCCAAGUGCUGAUAGACCUAUGAGUUCUGCAGCUCCUCCUGAGGCAGAGGCAUUGGCACCGGCGGCUCCGAGUUCCGGCGAGUUUGUAGGGAAGAAGGCUUCUGGUUCAUCUAGGUUGGAUUGUGCAGCUGUCACUGUUGGUAUCCUGCUAUGCAAUUUCUUGAUCGCUAGCACUAUUAUUUGA